AACAAUACCGCUUUAUCUCCGGGUGGACCAUUUGCAGCAUUGAUUCAGUUCCCUAAAUUGCUAGAUUUUGAUGUGAAGAGGAAGUAUUUCCGGAAAGAACUUGGAAAGAUGGAUGGAGAUAGAGGUUUUCGUCGGGCUGAUGUCCAAGUGCAGGUCAGAAGGUCGCAAAUUUUCUCGGACUCGUUUCGCGAACUUUACAGACUUCGUCCAAACGAAUGGAAGCAUCGUUUUUACAUCAUUUUCCAAGGUGAGGAAGGGCAAGAUGCUGGUGGACUCCUACGAGAAUGGUUUUCCGUUAUCACCCGAGAAAUUUUCAAUCCUAACUACGCAUUGUUCAUCACUGCCCCUGGUGAUAUGGUCACUUAUAUGAUAAACAAGGCAUCAUACAUCAAUCCCGAACAUCUAGACUAUUUCAAGUUUGUCGGUCGAUUGAUUGCCAAGGCGAUCUAUGACAACAAGUUGCUAGACUGUUACUUCACCCGAGCUUUCUAUAAACACAUUCUUAAUUUGCCAGUGCGAUAUCAGGAUAUUGAGAGUGAGGACCCUGCCUUCUAUAAUUCCCUUGAAUUUUUGCUCAACAAUCCAAUCGACGACCUCGUAAGCCGUUUUACUCAUACAGGUGGAGGAGUUCGGCGUCAGAUCUAUUCGCGACUUGAAGCCUGA